UGUAGCUGUGCAAGUCGAUGUUGGGUUUAUCGCGAGCUUCUUGUUUACGGUAGUCAUCGAGUGCGUGUAUGUUUGCUUGGUUGGUUCUAGCAGCAUCGUGUAUUUGAUGCCUUCUGACUUGCUAGAGCUGCAUCUGGGAGAAAUUUGGAGCGCCCAACGAACAGGACGGCACCGCGCUCGUCCCCGAUGAAACAAGUGGGAACUUUAUCCAGGGCUACUACACAUGCUCACUUAGUGGCCUCAACAAAGAUUCGUUCUUUUUGGUUCGGAAGCAGUCGAACAUAACCGUGUGGUGCUCCAGGCUAACAGAAGCUCAUUGCGAUGACUUCACAAACCAGAGGUCGAGUCCACUCAAGUGCCCAGUAACGUGCAGAAUGGCAUACAAGUGCAGCAUAUGCCAAGCAGUUGCCAAAGCUUUGCCUCAGUUCUUGAAGCAUGCAUCACUGCACAAAAAUGAAAGCAGCCUUCACAUUCGCUGUCCUUUCUCUGACUGCUGCAGAGCGUUUCGGAAAGAGACCGCCCAUGACGAUGACUUGGGAGACAUGCCAUUGACGCCCAUUAUAUGUAUGAAAGGACCAGGUCUCUUUGAGGCAGAAAUGUUCACUGUCUGUGUGGAUGGUGUUGCUAUCUUGACUACUCAGCGGGCUGCAGCUUUCAAAGCCAUGUUUCUCUUAUACUUCGUUCUUAACAUCGAGUAUCCACCUGAAGUGGCUUUGACAUUGGAGUUUGUGCAGAGGGCAAUCGCUGGAAUCAACCCAGAAAGAAGCACAAAGGCACGACGAACGUCGAAGAAGCAGUAAUGUUUGUCGCUAAAAGUGGCUGCCUUGGCGAAUUCCCUGGAUCAAUACAAGUUCUAAGCUUGAGUUUGAGUUCUAAAUAAAGAGUAAAAUUUGGAAUGUGAAGCUGUUGCCUUUA